AUGCUCGGAGGGCAGCUCGUCUGUUGGCACCUGCUGGCUUUGCUUUUCCUCCCUUUUUGCCUGUGUCAAGAUGAAUACAUGGAGGUGAGCGGAAGAGCUAAUAAAGUGGUGGCGAGAAUAGUGCAAAGCCAUCAGCAGACUGGCCGUAGCGGCUCCAAGAGGGAGAAAGUGAGAGAGCGGAGCCAUCCUAAAACUGGGACUGUGGAUAAUAACACUUCUACAGACCUAAAACCCCUGAGACCAGAUGAGCUACCGCACCCCGAGGUAGAUGACCUAGCCCAGAUCACCCCAUUCUGGGGCCAGUCUCCACAAACUGGAGGACUGCCCCCAGACUGCAGCAAGUGUUGUCAUGGAGACUACAGCUUUCGAGGCUACCAAGGCCCCCCUGGACCUCCUGGUCUCCCUGGCAUUCCAGGAAACCAUGGAAACAAUGGCAAUAAUGGAGCCACUGGCCACGAAGGGGCCAAAGGAGAGAAAGGAGACAAAGGUGAUCUGGGGCCACGAGGGGAGCGUGGGCAGCAUGGCCCCAAAGGAGAGAAGGGCUACCCGGGGAUCCCACCAGAACUGCAGAUUGCGUUCAUGGCUUCUCUGGCAACUCACUUCAGCAAUCAGAACAGUGGGAUUAUCUUCAGCAGUGUCGAAACCAACAUCGGAAAUUUCUUCGAUGUCAUGACUGGUAGAUUUGGGGCCCCAGUAUCAGGUGUGUAUUUCUUCACCUUCAGCAUGAUGAAGCAUGAGGACGUUGAGGAAGUGUAUGUGUACCUCAUGCACAAUGGCAACACGGUCUUCAGCAUGUACAGUUAUGAAACAAAGGGGAAAUCAGAUACAUCCAGCAACCAUGCAGUGCUGAAACUGGCCAAAGGGGAUGAGGUUUGGCUGAGAAUGGGCAAUGGCGCUCUUCACGGGGACCACCAGCGCUUCUCCACCUUUGCAGGCUUCCUGCUCUUUGAAACUAAGUAA